UGUUGCAGGUUAUGUGUAAGCUUUGAUUUUAAUUAAAAAAUGCAGAUCUUUUUGAGAACCCUUAGCUUCAAAACCAUUACUCUGGAAGUUGAGAUGUCAGACAGCAUUGAGAAUGUGAAAGCCCAGAUCCAAGAUAAAGAAGGUAUUCCCCCAAGUGAGCUGAGGCUUGUGUUUGCUGGAAGGCAGCUGGAGGAUGGACGAACCCUUGCGCAUUACAACAUCCAAAAGGAAUCCACAAUUCUUCAGGUUCUCCAUCUCGGGAGAGGAAAACCAAUCUUUCUUAAAAACUUGGAAGUUGAAAGCUCAGACACAAUUUACAAUGUGAAAGCGAAGAUUCAGGAGAAGAAUGGAAUUUCCCCUGACAAGCAGAAGCUCUUUUUUGGUGAAAAGGAGCUUGAAAAUGGUAAAACCUUAGCAGAUUAUAACAUUCAGAAUGAUUUCACCGUCCAUCUUGUGCACCAUAUUCUAACUGAUUGACAGAAUGCCUAAUGAUUCACAUUUGUGGUUGU